UUUCGCURCGACCGCAAAAACUUAACAGGCCGUCGGGUCGUGCGAAGCGCUGAUAACGAACGAGCUGAUAAGGAAAGAAAUAUGAUGAAAAAUAAUAAUAGUAAUAAAAGCGAGAUACGGACAGUUCAAUAUUCAAAAAAAUUUGGACGAGCCAGUGAGAUACCUAGAGAGAGACCGCCGCCGAGUUUGGUCCGUAUAYGUUUGUUCGUAUUAGUGCCAGUUGUGCGAGAGAAGAACAAGAAUGUCAAAAAUGUAUGACAGAAGCAUUGCCGGUCAACGACUGGACUAUUAUCACAAAGUGGUUCACAAUAUCAUACUGUGCCAUCAGAAUCCAGUCACAGGUUUAUUUCCGGCGAGCCCAAACAAUUCAGAUGCCUGGAUCAGGGACAAUGUAUAUACAGUACUGGCCGUAUGGGGCUUAUCAAUGGCYUGUAAAAAAAUGGCAGAUAUGGAUGAAGACCGAGCAAAAACUUAUGAACUUGAACAGAGUUGUGUGAAAUUAAUGCGUGGAUUACUAAUGGCAAUGAUGCAGCAAAAAGAUAAAGUAGAACAAUUUAAAGUUUCCCAAAAUCCGUUACAUUCUUUACAUGCUAAAUACAGUUCUGUUACCGGGCAAACAGUUGUUGGUGAUAACGAAUGGGGACAUUUACAAAUUGAUGCUAUUUCAUUAUAUUUACUGAUAUUAGCACAAAUGACAGCAUCAGGUCUUCAAAUUGUAUUUAACUUGGAUGAAGUGUCUUUUAUUCAAAAUUUAGUAUUUUAUAUUGAAUCUGCAUAUUGUAUACCGGAUUAUGGUAUAUGGGAACGAGGUGAUAAAUCGAAUCAUGGUCUUCCAGAAUUAAAUGCAAGUAGUAUUGGAAUGGCUAAAGCUGCGCUCGAAGCAAUGAAUGAUUUAGAUUUAUUUGGAGCACGAGGUGGUCCAUUUUCUGUAAUACAUAUAUUGUCAGAUGAAGCGCAAAAAUGUCAUGCUGUAUUACAAUCUAUGCUGCCAAGAGAAUCAAAUUCAAAAGAAUUAGACAGUAGUCUUUUGUCAGUCAUCAGUUUUCCAGCUUUUUCAGUUGAUGAUCCGCAAUUGAUUCAGUUAACAAGAAAUGCUAUUGUAUCAAAUUUGAUGGGAAAAUAUGGUUGCAAGCGAUUUUUAAGGGAUGGCCAUAAGACUCCACGUGAAGAUCCUAAUAGACUUCAUUAUGAUCUCCAUGAACUGAGAGUGUUUGAAAAAAUUGAAUGUGAAUGGCCAUUAUUUUUUUGUUACCUGAUAUUAGAUUAUUGUUUUCAAAAAGAUACAGAAACUGCAAAUUUYUAUGUUGAUGCAUUAGAAAAGGUUAUGAAAGAUUCUGAAGAUGAUAUUAAACUUGUUCCUGAAUUAUAUGCUCUAGAGAGUGAAAAUAUAAAAGCUGAAAUUGAAAACCCAGGGACUCAAAAACGAAUAGCAUUAGGAAGAUGUCCAUUCUUAUGGGCACAGUCACUCUAUAUGCUUGGAAAACUUUUGCAAGAAAACUUUYUAGCUGUUGGAGAACUAGAUCCAUUAAAUAGACGACUCUGUUUAGAAAAAAAACCAGAUGUUGUUGUACAAGUAGUUGUUUUAGCCGAAGAUAAUGCGAUUCGUGAUCUACUUCUUCAACAUGAUAUUGUUGUUCAAACCAUUAGUGAAGUUUCACCAAUUGAAGUGCAACCUUCAACUGUUCUUAGUCAUCUUUAUACAUACUUAGGCAGAAAUGAAAAACUUGGAUUAACUGGAAGAAAAUCACGUGAUGUUGGAAUUCUUAGUACUAGCAAAUUAUAUACGUUACAAGAUCGAAUAUUUGCGUUUACUCCACAGACACUUGAUUUGGACCAAUAUUAUAUGGGAAAUGAUAUUGAAUUGUUAUUUAACAAUAUUAUGAUGGAUCUAGCAUUUUUGACAAUGAGUUGGAAGCACAUGUUAGGUCGUCCAACAUACACUAUAAUUGCUUCUUCAAAUUUUGUAGAUCAAGGUAAAAUUCCAUUAGCUGUUAUAACAACAAUUAAAAAAUUGAAGAGUGGUUAUAUUAAUGGAACUAGAGUUACAUUAGGGAAUCUUAAUGGCUUUCUUAGUACUUCGUGUGUUACAAAUCUUAGUUUCUUAGGUAGUCAAGAAAUUGGAAUGCCAUAUAAGCUUAAUACAGAGGUAGAACAGUAUUUAAAUGACCAUAUUGUCAAAAGUUUUACAAAUCAGUCUACUUUACUAACCCGUAUGCCUAACAAAAACACGAAAAUUAAAAGAAAGAUGUCAGUUAAGGGAGCUAUAAAGAAAACCAGAUCAUUUAUGCUUGACGCUGAAGAACGACGUAUUCAAGUAGCCGAAACAUUGGCUGCAGCCAAUUUACUAGCACAAAGAAGUCCAUCACCUGAAAAUAAUUUAGUUAUGCCUCUUAAAAGAGAGCACAAUCGUCCUCGACUUCAUAGCCGUUCUAAGGCAAGUACAGAGUUACUGUAUGCUGAAGCUGAAAUGGAUGGUAUUUUAUCUAUGUUAAGUGAAUCAGACUUAGAAGAAAAAGGAGAUAUUUUACAAUUCUUAGUGGACACAUAUGGCUUAGAAUAUGAUACAGGAAUGAAGGAGGACUGUAAACCAGUUUUAGUUAARGAUUUAUUAAAAUUACUUUAUGAAAAGGCAUGUCAGCAAAACCAUUGGGGAUUAGUCAGACAUACAGCUGGAAUGUUAGGAAAGCGCGUGGAAGAUUUGGCUAAAGCUUUAACAGAUCUAUUAGUUCGACAAAAACAGGUGACUAUUGGUAUGCCCCCAUUUAAUGAGCAUACAAUAUCAACACCUUUACCUGAAGGAGAAUUGCGACAAGUAAUUCAUGAUGCUUAUGGAGAUGAUGAAAGUACAGCCAUGUUAACGCAGGAACUUUUAGUUUAUUUGGCCAUGUUUGUAAGAACUGAACCACAAUUGUUCUUGGAAAUGUUAAGACUUCGAGUUGGUUUGAUUAUACAAGUCAUGGCAGGKGAAUUAUCUAGAACCUUAAAUUGUUCUGGAGAAGAAGGUUCUGAACAUUUAUUUAAUUUAUCACCGUUUGAGAUGAAAAAUCUACUACAUCAUAUCAUGAGUGGAAAAGAAUUUAUAUUAAGUAGUGUGGGACGUGGUAAUUUUUCAGUAGUUAGCUACAAAUCAAGUCAUGUCAGUAAGAAAAGUCAAAUUGAAGGAUUAUUGUUGACUGAUCAAUCGGAGGUCAACAGUGAAGCAUUAGAGAGUGAUCGUCAAGGCCAGUGGUUACGGCGUAGACGUUUAGAYGGAGCAUUAAAUCGAGUACCUCGAGAAUUCUAUAAACGUGUUUGGAUAAUAUUAGAAAAGUGUUGUGGAAUAGCUAUUGAUGGAAAACUUUUAUCACAAAGCUUAACCCAAGAAAUGACAUCUGGUGAGUUGAAAUUUGCUUUAGCUGUAGAGACUGUACUGAAUUGGAUCCCACAUCCAGAAUAUAGACAAUUGAUAGUCGAGACAUUGAUGAUAUUUACACUUUAUGCUGAACAAGAAAUUUCGCCUACUCCUCAUAGAAUAAUUACAAUUGAAGAUUUUGUGCACAAAGCUAAUGAAUUAUUUUUACAAGAUCAAAUUGCUAUUAAUGGAGAUGCCACCCUAUGUUGUGCAAAAGUGCACAAGGAACUCACUCAAGCUGGUUCACUGUUAUGUGGAGGUGCUGCGUAUAUUUGUCAACACUUCUAUGACAGUGCCCCAAGUGGCAGUUACGGAACAAUGUCAUACAUUAUAAGAGCAAUUGCCUAUGUCUUAGAAGAUUCCUUAGGACUAACAGAUGUUGAGUGUUCCAUUUCAUAAUUUUGUUCUUUAUUUUUGUUUAAAAAAAUUAGUACCAUGCAAUAGUAUUGCUAGUUUGGAUUUUAAUCCCAAUUAGAAAUAAUUUCAACAAUUUAAACUGUAUUUUAGUA